GCGUAACUGAUGACGUCACGGUUUCUCAUCGCAGUAAUGGCGGUGCAUAUUAGUAGUGGCCUGCUGGAAAAGCAGUUUUAGUCAGUGAAAGAAGAAUCUUAACAGGACUGUUUUGUUCCUUGCGCGUAAAAAUAUUUUAUAUCACAAAUUUGUAUAUUUAUGGCUAUGAACGAAGCGGAUGAGUCCGGUAUUGUUCUGAAGACGUUUAGGUUUGAAGAGGAGCAUGAAGAUGGGUUGCGUUCCCUGACAGUUUCAGUCCCCGAGACGUACAAUUAGCUACAUCAAAAGGGUUGGGGCAGUUUACAAACAAGAGAUUAUUUCCAAGGUAAUAAAACUGUUAGAUAUAUGUAAACGCGAGUGCAGACUUGUAUCAAAUUUAAAAUCUCACUCCGGCCAGCUGACCAAAGUCGGCAACUCUGUAUAUACUGAGCAUGUGUCAUAAGUGAACAAAUAUUUCAGUUGUACAUACUGAAACAGUGGAGAAUCAUGAUUUCCAUGUAUAAUCAGACCUGUGUUGCAGGUUCUUGAUCCGGACUAUGGGAUGUAUGUGUGGCCAUGCGCAGUGGUCCUAGCUCAGUACGUGUGGAUGCAAAAAGAGAAAAUACAGGGGAAGAAUGUUCUGGAGCUCGGUGCAGGAGUGAGUUUGCCCGGCGCAGUGGCCGCAAAGUGUGGGGCAAACGUAGUUCUUUCAGACAGCGACAAGCUGCCACACUGCUUGGAAAACUGCCGGCGUACCUGCAAAUCAAACCAGAUGCACACUGUGCCCGUUGUGGGAAUCGCCUGGGGACAGGUGGCCCCUGACCUGCUGCUGCUACCUUCUGUGGACGUCAUAUUAGGAUCAGAUGUAUUUUACGAGCCUGAAGACUUCGAGAGUGUGUUAGUCACCGUCUCCUUCCUCUUAAGGAGAAAUGCUCAAGCCCAAUUUUGGACAACUUACCAAGAGAGAAGUGCUGAUUGGUCAAUAGAAGCUCUGCUGCACAAAUGGAACCUGACAUGCACGGAAGUCCCUUUAGAUGGUUUCCAUGCCGACAAAGAACAUCUAGCUGGCUCAACACUCCCUGGAAGCCACACGAUACAGAUGCUGAUUAUACAAUUAAAGGAGAAAGAGUGACGAAGCA